AUGGCUUCUCGUAAUCUCCUUUGCACUCUCCUCCCUCUGCUAUUAACUCUACUAAUGAAAGCGCUUGCCUCUGAUAAAUCCAGCGAUGAGAAAGGUAUGUACCCUUUUGUUUGCAAUGAAGAUGUCAAGAAGUGUAAUGCCUCACUGUACCAUAUCAACAAACGUCUGCAGAUGGAGCAAAUUGCUUCUUUUUACUCUGUCAAUUCCACACAGAUCAGUCCCAUUCUGCACAGAAAUAUACAAGACUAUCUGGUAACAGUACCUUGCUGUUGUGAAACUGUCAAUGGCACCACAGGAUACUUCUAUGAUGCUUACUACACAGUCAAAGAAAACGACACUUUUCUGAAUAUUUCAAAUCAGAUUUACAGUGGACAAGCUUGGGAAGUUGGAGAUGAAAAAGAUACAUUUAAGAUAGGAUAUAAAGUUCCUAUGCAUCUGGUGUGUGGGUGUGUAGAAAAUGACUCCCAAAUUGUGAUAACAUAUACUGUUCAAAACCAAGACACGAUAUCAGAUAUUGCUAGCAGGCUAUCAUCUACUACAAGUGGCAUACUGAGCAUGAAUGGCUUUCUAAAUGGAGACCCAACCUUCAUAGAAGCGGAUUGGGUGCUGUAUAUUCCCAAAGAGAUAAAUGGCAUUCCACCCUCACCCUCACCUCCACUCCCACCACCGCCCCCAGCCCCAGCCUCAAACACUGCAUCGGGAAAGAGAAAGAUGUGGACAAUAAUCAUCGGCAUACUAUCAGCUGUGACAUUACUUCUAAUGACCACAUUGAUAAUUAUCUUUCUCAGGAGAAAGGGAUCCAAUCAGAACAGUUCUGAAGAUCCAAAAGCAGUAUCCAAAAGCAUGAGCACAACCAAAGGCCUUUCCAGAGGACCUUCCUUGCAGAUUUUGAAUCUGGAAAUAAUGGAAGAUGGAACAGCUCUUGAAUCAGAGAAACCAGUCAUAUACUCUGCAGAAGAGAUUGAAGAAGCUACAAAUAACUUCGAUGAAACUAGGAAAAUAGGAGUAGGCGGAUAUGGAAGUGUCUACUUUGGAGUAAUGGGAGGACAGGAGGUUGCAAUAAAGAAGAUGAGAUCUAACAAAUCCAAAGAGUUCUUUGCGGAGGUUAAAGUUCUAUGUAAAGUCCAUCACAUAAAUGUUGUGGAACUAUUGGGCUAUGCCAGUGGAGAUGACCACCUUUACUUGGUCUAUGAAUACAUUCGAAAUGGAUCACUUAGCGAUCAUCUUCAUGAUCCAUUGCUAAAAGGUUACCAGCCCCUCUCUUGGAUAGCAAGAACACAAAUAGCAUUGGAUGCUGCAAAGGGAAUUGAAUAUAUUCACGAUCACACAAAAAAGCGCUAUGUGCAUCGAGAUAUAAAGAGUAGUAACAUUCUAGUUGAUGAGGGACUAAGAGCAAAGGUUGCAGAUUUUGGAUUGGCAAAGCUUGUUGAACGAACCAGUGAUGAAGAUUUAAUAGCAACUCGUCUGGUUGGAACACCAGGCUAUCUUCCCCCAGAAUCCGUGAAGGAGCUGCAGGUGACCAUCAAAACUGAUGUAUUUGCAUUUGGAGUGGUUCUCGCGGAGCUAAUAACAGGCCAGCGUGCACUUGUUCGUGACAAUUGGGAGUCCAACAAGAUGAGAUCACUAAUUACAGUAGUUUACAAAAUUUUUGAAGAUGAAGAUCCAGAGAGUGCCUUAGAAAUUGCAGUAGAUAAAAAUCUCCGGGGUAGCUUCCCCAUGGAUGAUGUCUACAAGAUGGCAGAAAUUGCAGAGUGGUGUUUGAGCGAAGACCCAAUCAAUAGACCAGAAAUGCGAGAUAUUGUUCCGACGCUAUCGAAGAUCACGACAUCCUCAGUAGAAUGGGAAGCAUCACUAGGAGGGAACAGCCCAGUUUUUAGUGGGAUCUAUAAUGGAAGAUGA